AGCGGCCGUCGGCCUGCUGUCACAGGAGCUCCGUGACUUCCUGUAUAACCUUGUUUUACUGGGCGUGGCGUUAGGACUACAGAGUGCACAGACACUUGGGGGCCAUGAGGAGAAGUUGUUUAUGGAGGUUAGUGAAGUUCCUCACCGCUUUAGCACUGCUUUUCCUGUCUGUUCACGUCUUGUUCUCCACACCGAGUAAAGCUCCGCCGAAGCCCAGCGCUCUUCCAGCGGAGGAGUACCGCCUCCUGUCCCCUGAGACUUACCGCUACCAGCUCAAUGAGCCAGCGGUAUGCCGCCACAGAAGCCCCUUCCUGCUUCUCAUGGUCCCAGUGGCCCCUGGUGAGGCUGUGGCCAGGCAAGCCGUCAGGUCAACAUGGGGGGCUUCUGCUCCAGGCCGGGACACCUUCACUCUGUUCUAUGUGGGGCUCCCUGAGUGGGUGCGGGGCACCAGCACCCAGGCCGAGUUGGAGGAGGAGAGCAGGAGACAUGCUGACAUAAUCCAGAUGGACUUCCAGGACAGUUACCACAACCUGACCAUCAAGACCAUGAUGAUGAUGCACUGGCUGUCCACCCACUGCCCAAACGCCUCCUACGCCAUGAAGGUGGACGCUGACAUCUUUGUGAAUGUGUUCCUCCUUGUGAGGAGGCUGAGGGGCUCCCCCAGGCAGGGCUUCAUCACAGGCUCAUUGAUCAGUGACGGCCGACCCAGGAGGGACAGGAACAGCAAGUGGUAUGUGUCAGAGGGGCUGUACCCGGACGACAGCUUCCCCCCAUAUGUGUCUGGAGCUGGGUAUGUGUUCUCCGCAGACCUGGCCCCCAGGAUCUCCUGGGCCUCCAGGUUUGUCAGGAUGAUCCCACUGGAGGACGUGUACGUGGGGCUGUGUCUGCGUGUGCUGGACGUCCGGCCCGUGUACUCCCGCAGCCUGACCCUCAGGAACCUGUUUGAAAUUGGACAGCUGGAGUACGACAGGUGCACUUUUGCAAAACUGGUCAUUGUGAACGGAUUCAAGCCGGCACAGCUGCUGCAUGCGUGGCCCGACUUCUCCAGGAGCCACAGCAGCUGCUGACUGCACUUUAUUAGACUGCUGCUUCACACUAAUCCAGACAAGUGAUUAUGAGAGAGGAGAGAUAGCCAUGAGGUCCACCUACCAGGGGUAGUCAUUACAUUUGUAAUGAUCAGAAUCAGAAAAACUUUAUUUAUCCAAUAAUUGGGUUUCGUUGUUCAAUUUCAGAAUAAAAUAAAAUAAGAGGCGAUUAAAAUCGAAUAUAAACAUAACAAGAUUUUAAGUGAAUCAGACCCAUAACAGAUUUGAUUUGAAAAGGUCUAUUUCUGAUCACAAAUUUGAUGUAUCUUUUCAGAUUUUGUUAGUAUAUUUUCAUUGAAAAUCCUGGUUAGUUUAAUUCCCGGUUUCAAGGUAACAUUACUCUUUACAUAUUAUUAAGUCUGUUUCAUUCUUCAAUAACAAAAGCAGAAAUUGUGCAGCUUUAUGCUUUUCUGUCAUCAUAAACUGAAGAGAUUCAUGGUUACAUUGAUCAGGUUAGUCAUGUAAGACAAAGAAAAGCAAGAAUGCUUAUUAACUUUGUGUUGCUUGACAGGUUUCAGCUAUCAGGGAAUACAAUCAAGGCCUUACUUUAUAGAGACAAUAAAGAAUGUAGUUCUCAAAUAUUUAAUGCACGAAUCAAUCAGCAACACAUGACCACGUCUUAGUCGGUCAGUUCACGAGAACAUGCUGUUUUUUAUUCCAUUCCAAGACAAAAACAGGGUGCAAUCACGUCGGUAUGCAGGUAAUUCAUCUCACAAGCCAUAAUCAAUAUAGAUAAUGUAUCUGUAGACCUGAAGGAAACUGUUAAAGAGCAGUUGAUUCUAACUCUAAUUUAUGAAUCCAAAGUGCUGAAAGCCUCACCCUCAGAGUCCUUACACCGAAGACUAUUUAAACAUGUCUAUUUUAGUAUUGAUGCUCUUUUUCUCUAGCUAGUGCCUGCUGUAUUUAUGUUUGUGUUGUAGUUUCGCAAGACAGCCAGCAGGUGACAGUAUGUGCAAGCAGAUGUCCUUCUGUUUACCCAGUGCCUCAUGCAGAGAGAUGGUGAUCACCAUUAUGUAUACAAUGAUGGGGUUUGCCCAUUUAUUUUUGUAUAUGUUAUGUUUGACUGUUUGAUACUGCUGACUGUGAUAUGCUGUUCACCAAUAUGCCCCCUUCACUAGACAUUGACGCAAUAUUUCUUAACGCAUACUUGUUUUAAGUGAGUCAAUUUAUAAUAAACUAUCAGUGAAAUUCA